GCCGCUCGGCCAUUUUGUCCCAGUCAGUCCGGAGGUUGCGGCUGUGGAGGAGCUAACCGAGGAGGAGUUGCAAAGAUGCUGUCCGUGCGCGUCGCCGCGGCCGUGGCCCGCGCCCUUCCUCGGCGGGCCGGGCUGGUCUCCAAAAAUGCUUUGGGAUCAUCCUUCAUUGCUACAAGGAACCUCCAUGCCUCUAACCCUCGUCUUCAGAAGACUGGCACUGCUGAGGUGUCCUCUAUUCUUGAAGAGCGUAUUCUUGGAGCUGAUACCUCUGUUGACCUUGAAGAAACUGGGCGUGUCUUAAGUAUUGGUGAUGGUAUUGCCCGAGUACAUGGGCUGAGGAAUGUACAAGCAGAAGAAAUGGUCGAGUUUUCUUCCGGCUUAAAGGGUAUGUCUCUGAACUUGGAACCUGACAAUGUUGGUGUUGUCGUGUUUGGAAAUGAUAAACUAAUUAAGGAAGGAGAUAUUGUGAAGAGGACAGGAGCCAUUGUGGAUGUUCCAGUUGGCGAGGAGCUAUUGGGUCGUGUAGUAGAUGCCCUUGGUAAUGCCAUUGAUGGAAAGGGUCCAAUUGGUUCCAAGACUCGUAGGCGAGUUGGCCUGAAAGCCCCUGGAAUCAUUCCUCGAAUCUCUGUGCGGGAACCAAUGCAGACUGGCAUUAAGGCUGUAGAUAGCUUGGUGCCAAUUGGUCGUGGUCAGCGUGAGCUGAUUAUUGGUGACAGACAGACUGGGAAAACAUCGAUUGCUAUUGACACAAUCAUUAACCAGAAACGUUUCAAUGAUGGAUCUGAUGAAAAGAAGAAGCUGUACUGUAUCUAUGUUGCUAUUGGUCAGAAGAGAUCCACUGUUGCCCAGUUGGUGAAGAGACUUACAGAUGCAGAUGCCAUGAAGUACACCAUUGUUGUGUCAGCUACUGCUUCUGAUGCUGCCCCACUUCAGUACCUGGCUCCUUAUUCUGGCUGUUCUAUGGGAGAGUAUUUUAGAGAUAAUGGCAAACAUGCAUUGAUCAUCUAUGACGACUUAUCCAAACAGGCUGUUGCUUACCGUCAGAUGUCUCUGUUGCUCCGCCGACCCCCUGGCCGUGAGGCGUAUCCUGGUGAUGUGUUCUACCUACACUCCCGGCUGCUAGAGAGAGCAGCCAAAAUGAAUGAUGCUUUUGGUGGUGGUUCCUUGACUGCCUUACCAGUCAUAGAAACACAGGCUGGUGAUGUGUCUGCUUAUAUUCCAACGAAUGUCAUUUCUAUCACUGAUGGACAGAUCUUCUUGGAAACAGAAUUGUUCUAUAAAGGUAUCCGCCCCGCCAUUAAUGUUGGUUUAUCUGUGUCCCGUGUCGGAUCUGCUGCCCAAACCAGGGCUAUGAAGCAGGUGGCAGGUACCAUGAAGCUGGAAUUGGCUCAGUAUCGUGAGGUUGCUGCUUUUGCCCAGUUCGGUUCUGACCUCGAUGCUGCCACUCAACAACUGUUGAGUCGUGGUGUGCGUCUGACUGAGUUGCUGAAGCAAGGACAGUAUUCUCCUAUGGCGAUUGAAGAACAAGUGGCUGUUAUCUAUGCAGGUGUAAGGGGGUAUCUUGAUAAACUGGAGCCCAGCAAGAUCACAAAGUUUGAGAAUGCUUUCUUGACACAUGUUGUCAGCCAGCACCAAGCCCUGUUGGGCAAUAUCAGGGCUGAUGGAAAGAUUUCUGAAGAGUCAGAUGCAAAGCUGAAAGAGAUUGUAACAAAUUUCUUGGCUGGAUUUGAAGCCUAAAUGCCUAUGGAUUUACAUCACAUACUGGUUUGGUUUUGUCAUCAUUUCUUCUAGUAAAUCAGUUUCAUUUGUAAAAGAAUUACUCCCAAACUCCUGAUGUACAGAAAUCAUAUUAAAAAUAAAAGCUCGGUAUCGUG